GAAUAUUUAACAAUCGAUUUUAUUAGUGUGCAAUUUUCUACUGUAGGCAAUGGAUAUAAAUUAAAAAUAUAAGUAUGUUAGUUAGUAAAUAUUAAGUACUUAAUAAUUAAUAAAAGCUGCUGGGUGAUUAUAAUGUUCAAUAAAUAUAAUUAUUUAUUAUUUGCUUAAAUUUUAAUCAGUCAGUCAUAAAAUAGAUAAGUUUGUUGUGACGGAAGUGGGAGGUUAUCGUCAACAAUACGGAUUACCGUGGCAACAAUUAAAUCAAGUUUAAAUUUAAAAAAUUAUAUGUACAUGUUAAUAAAAUUGUGUGUAAAAAGUAUUAGAUGAGUAAAAAUUUAAUAAAAAUGAAUGUUUUGAAUAAAAUGCGUAAUUCAUGUGGUUGGCGUAGCGGUGCCAAGCAAAUGUCAAUAGACGCAAUGAUACCGCUUUUUGCUGUUCCGGCAAUAACAAUUAUUGCUGCUCAGACUGUUUAUUUAACAGUAAUAACAUUCAUCACAACACCCGUUAUUGUUUAUCAUCUUGACCACAAUUUUUUAAGAUUUUUACCUAGAUCGAAAUUUUUCAUAAUGUGGACAAUCACCAGUGUCAUAAUAAUGUUAUCGGUAUUUGAAAUGUGUGUGGUGCCUCUGUUGGAGAUUUUGCCAGAGGAAAAUUUGAUUUUUGUUGCCGGAGUUGUCGGAGGAAUAGCUUGUGGACAUAAGACAAGAAUAAACGCCGACUGUUUAGCGCAAGACGGUACUGUGGCAGCAGUCGCUCAGGAAUUGGAGCUAGAAGAAGGUACCAUUGGUACUGAGGAUGAUGACUUUUGUGUGACAUGCCGUAAAAAGGCACCACCACGUGCUUAUCACUGUCGAAUCUGCCAGACUUGUGUGCUGGGCAGAGAAUAUCACUGUAAAUGGCUGGACUGUUGUAUAGGUGCCAAUAACUUGAAAUGGUACCUUGGGUGUUUGAUUAGCUCGACAGUGGCCUUCAUUUACGGAUCUAAUCUCACAAUGACGAGUGUUUGUCAUCCUUUUAUUCUUAUCGGAACUAUUCUAUUGCCUGACGACUGUAGUGAUGUUUAUCAUCAGCUAGACCUCGCGCUUUGUUUUGUAUCCGCUGUCUACAGUCUCAUUGUCGGAAUAAUUGUAUUCGGUUACUUGGUAUAUCAUUUAUGGCUGUUAUAUCUCGGUACGACAGCAAAUGAACGAAGACGUCUUACCUCAAGUGAUAGUCACCAAACAAAUUACAGACUAUUCACCAGUAUUGCACAACUAGUCUGUUGUAGGUGUUAAUUUAAUUAUCAUUUUAUUUUAUUGUGAUCAAAAGAAUUUAAAAUUCAUUUUUUAUUUUACAUAUCUUAUGUAGUCAUUUUAAUAAUAAUAUUUAAAAUAAAAUUUCUGUAAAAAUUAAGGUAAAAAAAAGAAAAAAAAAAAUCCAGUCGCUGAUUACGCUUAUAUUUACUUAAAACAAAAAUUGAAAUGAUAUUUUUGUAUGAAUGAAAAAAUGCACAAGUGAGAUAUUAAUUUAUGUAAUAUAUAUUUAAAUGUGUAUAUAGUGCCAAAUUAUUUAUUGAUACUUUACCCGAGAGUUUCAUUAGAAAAUAAUAUUUAUUAAUGAGUGAAUCAAUUUAAACUGUACGUCGCACGUUAAAUAUACAUAAAGCAUAAAUAAAAAUAAC